GCCACACAGAAGAAGCGAGAAACCACUCUGCACGCACGCCCACACACAGAGAGAGCAAGAAACAAAGAAAGAGGAAGAGAAAGAAAGAGGGAGAGGGAUCGACAUCCGUGUGAUUCACCGUUCAUCAUGAGGCCGAUCGGAGAAGGCGAGGCGCUGGUGGGGGUCGCCGGGGCUCCGGCGGCGCUCGGCCACGGCGCGCACCCGGCGUUCUGGAUGACGCCAACGCCGUACAUCUUCAUCGGCUUCACGCUCAUGAUGGGGAUCAUCGCCGUGGCGCUGCUCGUGCUCGUCUGCACGCGCCGCGAGCCGUCCGGGUCGUCGCGCCGGGGGAGCGCCGCCGAGGAGGCGUCGGCGCGCGGGAUGGCGCCGCUCGACAGGGAGCCCAAGGUCGUCGUCAGCAUGCCCGGCGACGACUUGCCGUCCUUCCUCGCCAGCGCCAGGCCGUUCGCGUUCCCUGACGUCGUCGAGCCGCCACGCCAGGCGGACGCGGCCUAAGCGCGCGCGCCGCGCGCACCCGUGCGCCCUGCGGGACGCGGGACCAGUUUUGUUCAUCAAUCAGAUUUCUAGGAUUUACCCUAAGUAAUUUUGUCAGUACUAGUAGUAGUAUCUUGUCGAGGAAAUAGCCGGCGGGCACGACGUGAGCUGAGAUCUGUGAAAGAGAAUGGAGU